UCCGGGGCUCGGAGAGGCCAGGAUCCUCCUUCGAUCUGAGCAAACAAAUUCCACCUUCCAGAUCAAGGUGAUUGUGUUGAUUCUGCUGCUCUUUCCAAGCCAUUGAGUCAUGCCCGAGGAAAGAGUCAGCUGAACAGGAACGUGUACCUGUACUUCUACUGAAACUUAACGACACUGCUCCUCAAAGAAAGAUGGUUAUUAUACUACUGCACAACUCUUACAAAUGCAAGGAAUGGUUGUGUCCACUACUUCAGGCACUGAACUCAUCUUGGAGGAGUGGGAAAACUAUACCUUUCAUUUUUACACGUUCAACAAACGUUUUGCAGAAAUUGGUGGUUGCUGGUAAGCUGGUUGCUUGGUUACUUUGAGUCUGAUCAUUCAUUCACAGAAGUGGUGUUUGUUGUACCAUACCAAAGCUUUCCGGUGGCUGCAGUUUGCAGUUUGCACGCCUUCUCGACAGAAAUGCAGCACGAGCACUAGCAGCAGUGCUGCACUCCAUCACCCCAAGCUUGCAGUUUGUGCAGUCGUGUUGUCCAGCUGCGGAGUAUUAGAGUAUAUCUUCGGUUUGUAUAUUUGGUAAUUCAAAUUGUAAUCUAUCUCUACUAUCCUUGGCCCCCAAGUUUUGUAACUUAUAUAAACAGCCCUUUGAGGCCCUAAUACAUAUUCAGAAUUCAAUACUCUUCAUGGUAUCUGUCGCCUAGGUUAUCCCUUCCUCAUGGCCUCUCCGCCGGCCCCUCCACCUCUCCCGGCGCGGCCUCUCUUUACCGCGGCCGAGUUCAACGCCGCCAGAUCGCCUUCUGCCUCCUCUUCCUCCUCCAACCCUAGUUCCCUUACCCACCACCAAUAUGCCAUUCCGCCACCAACAAUCUCUCUAGCAGAUACAAUUGCCGAUGUUGCGCCGUUCAUACCCAUCUCGCUUGAUCUGGCUGCCCACAAUUACUACCAUUGGCGCCAUCUCUUCCACAUCCACCCUGGCCGCUGCGGUCUACGCCACCAUAUUCAUCCAUCCUCUGUCCCGCAGCCUGCCAGUCCUCGUUGGGUGAAGGACGAUCUUACGAUCAUCCAAUGGAUUUAUACUCGGAUCUCCACCGAGCUUUUCAAUCUUGUCUCCAACGACGACGCCACCGCAGCCGAUCUUUGGGCCGCCCUCCAACAACUGUUUCAAGACAACUCCGACGCCCGCAUCAACGCUCUUCACACCGAGCUCCGCAACAUCACCCAAGGAGACUCCCCGGUCACCGUCUUCUGCCAGCGGAUCAAGUCGAUCGGUGAUGAACUCCGGCAACUUGGCGAUCACGUCGACGACCGCGUUCUUAUAAACGCUCUUCUCGUUGGUCUUGGCGAGCAAUUCGAGAAACAGGUGGCCUUCAUCCCCAUGUUGCGGCCCUACCCGUCCUUCGGCGAGGUGCGCUCUCUCCUUCAGCUCGAGGCUCAGAAUCAAGCUCGCAAGGCCACUCGUCCGCAAGUGUUUCACGCCACCACCAAGUCUUCGGCGCCAGCUCCAUCCACUCCGUCGGCGGCCCCUGUCCAGCCACCUCCAGGCUGGCGCCCGAGCCCUAACUACCGCGGGAAGAAUCCCGUCUACCGGCCGCCCCAGCCUCGCUCGGCCAGCUCCUCGGCAUCAUCAUCGUCUACACCGGCCUCUACUCCAACGGCAUCUACUCCAAUGGCAUGGCACCAGCAGCAAGAUCCCUGGACCGGGCUGGUUCAGGCGUGGCCCAUGCCUUGGUCUGCUCCAUCUCCUUACGGCGCUCCUCCAGCAUACACGGGCGCCUGGAGCCCGGGCCAUCGUCCUGCCACCGGCUCACCUGGUCUCCUCGGACCCCGAUCGCCGGCUCACGUCUACACCGCCACUACUACACCGACCACGUCCGGCGCCCCCAUGAUUCCGCCCGGCUACGCCCUGGUUCCCUAUGCGCCUGGUGCUCCUUCGGCUCCGUCACCGUACGCAUACGGGCAGCAUGCACCAAUGAACAUGCCUGCUCCCUCUCCUACGACAACAUCGCCAAGCUGGGAUCAGGCUGCUUUUAUCGCCGCCAUGAACAAUUUCACCCUCAACAACGAAGGUACGGAUUGGAUUUUCGAUUCUGGUGCAUCUACGCAUAUGUCUUCAACUCUGAAUUUUUUGUCAGCUUGUUUCCCUUCUUCUUUUUCUUCCAUUACCAUUGGUGAUGGUUCUACUAUUCCUGUUUCUUGCACCGGUGAUUCUUACAUCCCCUAUUCUUCCAAAAAAAUUCUCUUACGUAAUAUUCUUGUAGUUCCAUCCUUAAUUACUAAUCUUAUCUCUGUUCGUCAGUUUACCAUUGAUAAUCAAGUUAUUGUGGCAUUUGACCCUUUUGGUUUAUCUAUGAAGGAUCUGACAACAGGUGAGGUUCUAGCUCGGUACAAUAGCACCGGUGAUCUUUAUCCACUUCAUGGCGCCCCCACUUCCACUCCUCGCGCCAUGCUUGCAUCAGUUCAUCUAUGGCAUCGUCGGCUUGGCCAUCCUAAUAAAGCUACACUGUCAUCAUUGUUAUAGGAAUUUAGUAUCCCUAGUUCUAGUGUCCCUCAUGAUUCCUCUCUUUGUAAUGCCUGUCAAUGUGGCAAACAUGUUAGAUUACCUUUUGGUACAUCCUCUACUAUUAGUACUUUUCCUUUUGAAUUGCUACAUUGUGAUCUAUGGACAUCUCCAAUUCCUAGUGUUUCUGGUUACAAAUACUAUCUUGUAAUUCUUGAUGAUUAUUCCCAUUAUAUUUGGACCUUUCCUCUCUGAGCCAA